CUGGCGCUGCCGCCCCACCAGGCCGCCCUGGACUCAGCAGCCGCCGUAAUCAUCCCAGUCCCCAUCGAUAGCACCACGUCGUUCCGCAGCGGCGCCCGUUAUGGCCCGUCGGCCAUCAUUGCCGCGUCCGCAGCCCUUGAGGACUAUGACCUGGAAUUGGGCAUCGACGUCGCCGAACUGGGCAUCCACACCACUCCCCCUCUGGAACCCAACGUCGGUGAUCCAAGGCAAAUGGCCCUCCGUGUCCAAACCGCCGUCAGCCAGUUCGCCGCCCUGGACAAAACCACCGCCGUCAUCGGAGGUGAUCAUUCUGCGGCCAUCGGUUCGGCCAUCGCUCACCGGGAGCGUCAUCCCAACCUGUCGGUCCUGUACAUCGACGCCCACGCUGAUUUGCGCAACGAAUAUCAGGGUACGGCAUGGGGACACGGUUCCUCCGCCAGGCGCAUAUCCCACCACUGCCCCGUAAUUCUGGUUGGCGUCCGCACGCUGGCUCUGGAAGAUGGAAAACGAAGACGACGCGAGAGACGAUCGAAGCGGGCGUCCUGCGUACUACUGGCCCCAGCAUAG